AUCUUAGCGACGCGGGAAGUCCAGACGCCAGAACUGUCUGGAGACCUGAGCAGGAGGGUCGGGCCCCAGCGGAGGCAAUGGCGGAGAGGCCCGAGGACCUAAAUCUGCCCAACGCCGUCAUCACCAGGAUCAUCAAGGAGGCGCUCCCGGACGGUGUCAACAUCUCCAAGGAGGCCCGAAGCGCCAUCUCCCGCGCCGCCAGUGUCUUCGUUUUGUAUGCCACAUCCUGUGCCAAUAACUUCGCAAUGAAAGGAAAGCGCAAGACUCUCAAUGCCAGCGAUGUGCUGUCAGCCAUGGAAGAGAUGGAGUUCCAGCGGUUCAUAACACCCUUGAAGGAAGCUCUAGAAGCGUAUAGGCGGGAGCAGAAAGGCAAGAAGGAGGCUUCGGAGCAAAAGAAGAAGGACAAAGACAAAAAGGAUUCUGAGGAGCAAGACAAAAGCAGAGAGGAGGAGGAGGAGGAUGAAGAAAGACUGGAUGAGGAAGAACAGAACGAAGAGGAGGAAAUAGACAACUGAAUGGAGAGUGGGCAGACUGUGGUGUGCUGGAAGGGACCCUGAAAUCCUGAGAUGUGUCUGUGAAGCCUCUCCCUGCAAGGCAGAGCCAUCUUCGGCACUGGUGCCUGAGAUCAAAAUAAAAACUGACCAGAAAGAUCAAAACCAGCUCUUCCUGGGCUCAGCAUCUGAGUUAUAGAAACCGGUUAUGCGUCAUCAGUCUGCAGGUUAUGAUGUUUUUGUAUAAGCGAUUCUGAGUGACUACAUAGUUUGGUAUUGCUUGUCUACUUAAAAUAUAUGGCUAGCUAGUUUCUGAUCCCAUUUCCCUGCCCCUGUGAAUAAGUAAUAAUAUCCAUGUUGCCUGCUGUGUUCCAAAUCACAGAGGCAUUAAAGGCUCAGGGGAAGAAAUGGGGCUGUGAUCACGGUCACCCAGUUCGACUGUACAGUAGCUGACCAUAGGUACUUGUGCUCAGAAUGGCUGCUCUCUAGGAAAUGACUAAGGGGCUGUGAGCGAGCAACUGAGGGAAUGUCUUCACUUGAUGGUAGCAUUACUUACUUGGUGUCUGGCUUUCUAGACUUACUUAGCUUUGUAGAUGCUCAGUCGUCUGGGGUGGCUGCACUCCUAGGACACAUACUCUUCAAUUCUGAGUGUUGAUUAGAAUAUGUCAGAAAAGGGUGCCAAUUCGUAAAAGCAGGGGGCUUAUUCUUGGAGGUAACUCAGUGCCUACCGUGGUAGGACCUAGUGCCACCUCCUGGAAGGUAUAAAAUUCCAGAUCCAUCUCCCAGACUUGUGGCUGCUGCUUUUCAUUCCCUGGGCUCAUAACAAGUUCCAGAGACUUUAUUUCCUCUGGGCACAGCCUGUUCUGUCUCCAUCUCUCCAGCUUCUGCUUCCUGGCCCUGCUUUCUCCUCCUCUUACUUAUUUCAUCUUUUAGUCUAGGGACUCUGAUAACCUAUGUCAUAUUCCAAAGUGCAAGGUCCUCAGAUUCCUUAGUCCUAAUCUCCUGUCUUCUAAAGAGAAUUGAGAAACACCUCUGGACCUUAAGGUAAGAGGAAUGGUGCUCAGGAAUGUAGCACUACUGCUGUUGCUUUGAACGUGUCUGUUGGCCUUUCCUUUUCCCCAUUUGGUGCUCCAAGCACUUUUUCUGUCUUAGUUGUGCACUUGAGGCUGACAGGUGAUGUAAUAUAGUUUGGACACUGUUUACUAGUCAGGGGAAUACAGGGAAGAGUUUGGUGAAAGUGACUGGAGACUGUUGAGAAGAUUUUAAUGCUUUCUACAAAUAAAGAGCAUUCUUGUUUAAA